GAGAAGCUGUGGAAGCACUUCGACCAGGAAAUCUCAGAUUGUUGAUAGGGCGACAGUUUAGCUGGUGACCGUCGGGGAGCGGAGAAGUUGUUUUUAGUAUAAAAAGGUUUUAGUUUUCAUUUGUGCGCCAUGGCAUCUCUAUUCAAGAAGAAGACAGUUGAUGAUAUUAUAAAGGAACAGACUAAGGAGCUUCGUGGUACUCAGAGACAGAUCACUAGAGACAGAGCUGCUCUGGAGAAACAAGAGAAACAAAUGGAGAUGGAGAUAAAGAAGAUGGCUAAGUCUGGGAACCGGGAAGCCUGUAAGAUCCUGGCCAAGCAGCUGGUGCAGCUGAGGAAGCAGAAGAACAGGACCUACGCCGUCAGUUCAAAGGUCACCUCCAUGUCUACACAGACCAAGGUCAUGAACUCCCAGAUGAAGAUGGCUGGAGCCAUGUCUGCUACGGCUAAGACGAUGCAGACUGUGAACAAGAAGAUGGAUCCUCAGAAGACCCUCCAGACCAUGCAGGACUUCCAGAAGGAGAACAUGAAGAUGGGCAUGACAGAGGACAUGAUCAACGAUACGUUAGAUGAGAUAUUUGACGAGUCAGGUGACGAGGAAGAAUCUCAGGACAUUGUAAACCAGGUUCUGGAUGAGAUUGGCAUUGAGAUAUCUGGAAAGAUGGUGAGAGCCCCAGCAGCAGGGAAGAAUCUCCCCACUGCCUCUCCUAAACGGAAAACACAGAUCUCUGACGAUGAGAUAGAGAGACAGCUCAGAGCACUGGGAGUGGACUAACACACACACACACACACACACACACACACACACACACACACACACACACACACACACACACACACACACACACACACACACACACACACCAUGGGCUAGGUCUGUGUACUUGCAGGCUGGUGGUCCAUGUGUCGGAGACUGGGAGACUGUGGCUGGUUAUGAAUAUGUAGUGACUAAAUUAUGGAAUAAUAGAAUGUCUUAUUAUGACCCAAACUACAAUCUGCUGAAGGAUGGGAUAUUUAUGUACAUACCGAGAUUUAAUGAUACCGAGAUUUGACUCCGGUGACUUCAAUGUAUACAUGAUAUUUUGGAAGGACCAAUCCUGUGGAAGGAUGAAGUAAUUAUGUUUUUUUGUGCAAUCACAUCUUUAGGUACAGUACUAUAGACGCUGGGGAUGUCAGACUACUGACGAUGUGUCUGUCUAGUACCACUUACAUUAACUCUAGGAACUACUGACGAUGUGUCUGUCUAGUACCACUUACAUUAACUCUAGGAACUACUGACGAUGUGUCUGUCUAGUACCACUUACAUUAACUCUAAGAACUACUGACAAUGCUUGACUUUUUCACUAAUAAACAUUUUGCAUGAGAAUCUAUGGAAUCGGCUUGACCAAACUGCGUAUCCGUUAGGGACAUACAGUUGAAGUCGGAAGUUUACAUACACUUACGUUGGAGUCAUUAAAUCUCGAUUUUCAACCACUUCACAAAUUUCUUGUUAACAAACUAGUUUUGUCAAGUUAGUUAGGACAUCUACUUUGUGUAUGACACAAGUAAUUCUUCCAACAAUUGUUUACAGACAGAUUAUUUCACUUAUAAUUCACUGUAUCACAAUUUCAGUGGGUCAGAAGUUUACAUACACUAAGUUGACUGUGCCUUUAAACAGCUUGGAAAAUUCCAGAAAAUGAUGUCAUGGCUUUAGAAGCUUCUGAUAGGCUAAUUGACAUCAUUUGAGUCAAUUGGAGGGGUACCUGUGGAUGUAUUUCAAGGCCUACCUUUAAACUCAGUGCCUCUUUGCUUGACAUCAUGGGAAAAUCAAAAGAAAUCAGCCAAGACCUCAGAAAAACAAUUGUAGACCUCCACAAGUCUGGUUCAGCCUUGGGAGCAAUUUCCAAACGCCUGAAGGUACCACGUUCAUCUGUACAAACAAUAGUACGCAAGUAUAAACACCAUGGGACCACGCAGCCGUCAUACCGCUCAGGAAGGAGACGCGUUCUGUCUCCUAGAGAUGAAUGUAUUUUGGUGCGAAAAGUGCAAAUCAAUCCCAGAACCACAGCAAAGGACCAUGUGAAGAUACUGGAAGAAACAGGCAAAAAGUAUCUAUAUCCACAGUAAAACGAGUCCUAUAUUGACAUAACCUAAAAGGCCGAUCAGCAAGGAAGAAGCUACUGCUCAAAACCCCCAUUAAAAACUGCACGAGGUCAAAAAUGGUACUUUUUGGAGAAAUGUCCUCUGGUCUGAUGAAACAAAAAUAGAACUGUUUGGCCAUAAUGACCAUCGUUAUGUUUGGAGGAAAAAGGGGGAUGCUUGCAAGCUGAAGAACACCAUCCCAACCGUGAAGCACGGUGGUGGCAGCAUCAUGUUGUGGGGGUGCUUUGCUGCAGGAGGGACUGGUGCACUUCACAAAAUAGAUGGCAUCAUGAUGUAGGAAAAUUACGUGGAUAUAUUGAAGCAACAUCUCAAGACAUCAGUCAGGAAGUUAAAGCUUGGUCGCAAAUGGGUCUGCCAAAUGGACAAUGACCCCAAGCAUACUUCCAAAGUUGUAGCAAAAUGGCUUAAGUACAACAAAGUCAAGGUAUUGGAGUGGCCAUCACAAAGCCCUGACCUCAAUCCAAUAGAAAAAUUGUGGGCAGAACUGAAAAAGCGUGUGCAAACAAGGAGGCCUACAAACCUGACUCAGUUACACGAGCUCUGUCAGGAGGAAUGGGCCAAAAUUCACCAAACGUAUUAUGGGAAGCUUGUGGAAGGCUACCCAAAACGUUUGACCCAAGUUCAACAAUUUAAAGGCAAUGCUACCAAAUACUAAUUGAGUGUAUGUAAACUUCUGACCCACUGGGAAUGUGAUGAAAUAAAUAAAAGCUGAAAUAAAUAAUUCUCUACAAUUAUUUGGACAUUUCACAUUCUUAAAAUAGUGGUGUACUAACUGACCUAAGACAGGGAAUUUUUACUCUGAUUAAAUGUCAGGAAUUGGGAAAAACUGAGUUUAAAUGUAUUUGCCUUAGGUGUAUGUAAACUUCCGACUUCAACUAUAGAUUCAAUUUGACAAAAUAUAAUCUAAUGCGAAUUCAAACUAAUAAUCAUAAACUUGAUAUUUCAAGUAAUGGUUACUUUUAAUUGCUUGUUUUGUACAACUGAGUUGUACUCUAAUUUGAAGAUGUCUGUCUGUGUGUCCUGUCUUUCUGAUGUGGGAUGGAACCAGUAGUAUGUCUGUCUGUCCUCAUCUCUCUCUUUAUCUCGGCUGCUGUGCAGUUACCGUAUCUGUUGUUUAAGCUAUUUGCUUAAACCACACACACUAGAGUGGACAAAUAGUUUGUGAAGAUGACACUAAUGGUUUUGUCUUCCUGUAGUUCUCUCCACCGGGCUGUUGAGCAGGUUAGAAGACAAUGACAUAUUGUGAAAUGGCAGCUAAACAGCAUUUAAUGCAACCGAGAAUGUUCUCUCAUGGUCCUUUGUGGUUUUCGAAUGUCGACUGGUAUAACACUGAAUGCUAAGAUGAUUGUGUUAAUGUUUGUUACUGGAAAGCAUUGAGACUGGUAUAACACUGAAUGCUAAAAUGAUUGUGUUAAUGUUUGUUACUGGAAAGCAUUGAGACUGGUAUAACACUGAAUGCUAAAAUGAUUGUGUUAAUGCUUGUUACUGGAAAGAAUUGACACUGGUAUACUGUCUUUUACAUUACUUUCCAUCUUGAUUUGUGGUGCAAUUUUCCAAACAGGAAAUGUAAAUCAAUGAAGGUUGAUUUACCUAAUGUAUGUAUGUAUGUAUCCUCUGUGUUUGUACAGUUCUACUGUUCUACUGUUUAGGCUUGAUGAUGGCUUUUAUAAUGAAUAAAAUCGCUUCAUGUACUA